UCGUCAAUGUGUUGCGGCAUGUGAGGAAUACCGUAUUAAUUUCACAAAAAGCCCUUCCAGCUUAUUUUCUCGCUCCUUUGCACCUGUAGGAAGGCUCAAGUGAUCCGAUUUCACGACCAAGGCCAAACGAUAAAGCUGAAGAAAUAAGUCAUGUGCCCACUAAAACCACAGGGGAUGGAAUCUUAAAGGCGUCCCACAAAUCUGAAGGCAGGAACGCUACACUUCGUUGGAGUCAAAAUUCGCAGAAACGCGACAGUUAUGUCGCUGCGAUAAGUUCUUCGGAAAUCAACCUUGAUAACAUUUCUAAGAGCGGGAAACCGUCGGCCAUGGAAGAAAUUCUUUUACAGAACAGAAGCAAAGAGAGUACGAGAUCUGUAAAUGCAAAUGAAAUUUCAACCAAGAAGAUUGAUUAUGUGCUGGUUUAUUCUGAGCCGGAGUCGGGUAAAGAAAAUGACGAAGAAGAAAAAGAAAAAGCAGAGAUUAGGGAGAAAUACGAAGAAAAUCUCAAAAAACAAGGACUGAUGGUAGAGCAUGUAACAUCGGACGAGCAGGAGAAUGUUGUGUUUGUCCUUAUUCAUGCCCCAUGGGACGUGCUGGCCAAGUGCGCAGAGGAAAUGAUGAUCCGUGUGCCUGUUAGCGCGGAGCACCAAGGAACCCGUUUCAAGUCCUCCAGCAAGAAAAGAUGGCUGAAAAAGGCUAAAAAUGUCCUCAAUAUCUUUCAAGUUCAGGAUGACUCCGACAGGAAAACCGAGCGGCCAGUCACGGCGUUUUUCAGCAGAGCAAAGAGUGACUGCUUUCUCAUAGAGGACAGGGAAACUUUUUUCUCCGACAUCGACCGAAGUCGAAUGACACAUCGCUUACUUCUCUCGACGAAGUAUUCAUCAGAAAUGGACGACUUCGGAAUCUCUCGUCUGCUCUACAAAGGGGCUUACACAGUUGCGUAUCCUUUGCACGAAGAUCUUCGGAAAGAAAACGAAGAUGGUGCGACGGAAAACGAAAGACAACGUCUGUGCAGGAACUGGGCUUCUUUUAGCCAGUGGUACAAAUAUCAGCCCUUGACUGCGGUGAAGAAGUACUUUGGAACUCGGGUGGCUUUUUAUUUUGCUUGGCUAGGAACUUACAAUUUCAUGCUUGUAAUUGCUGCUUUGGUUGGCUUGUGGUGCUUUGUGGCUGGCCUCAUAACAGUGAGGACUUUUACACCUGUGAAAGAAAUUUGUGAUAAAAAUAAUUCGCAGUUGUUUUACAUGUGUCCGUUGUGCGACAAAGACUGCAGCUAUUGGACGCUAACAAAGAGCUGUGAUUACGCCAAAGUCACUCAUUUGUUUGAUCACGAGGGGACGGUGUUUUUCGCUGUUUUUAUGUCACUCUGGGCAACGGUGUUUCUGGAGGUGUGGCGGAGGCGUCAGAUAAGCUUGGCUUACGAGUGGGACAUGUUGCACUUUGAGGAAGAGUUCGAACCUCCACGCCCGGCUUUUGUCACCAAAGCCCAGAACAAGAAACCAAACCCCGUCACUGGAAAACUCGAGCCUUACAUCCCGUUUUCGCUACGCGCGGGAAAGUUUACCUGCGGGUUUAUGAUCGUUUCGUUCAUGGUGCUGCUAGUGAUUGCUACUUUGGUGGGAGUUGUGAUCUACCGGGCCGCCAUGGUUGCGGUGUUGUCGGCGUAUCCUGAUGAAGACGUGCAACAGGGCGCGCGCAUAAUUACCUCACUGACCGCGUCCGUGCUCAAUCUCCUGGCUAUCACAGUGCUGGGUCUGGUGUAUGAGAAGAUCGCUGUUGCGCUCACAGAGUGGGAAACGCCACGAACCAGAACAGAGUAUCAUAACAUCUUAACACUGAAACUAUUUUCAUUCCAGUUCGUGAAUAUGUACUCGUCGUUGUUUUACAUAGCGUUCUUUAAGAACAGUCAUAUCAUAGGUUACCCUGGGAAUUACAAUCGUAUUGCCGGAGGACGAAUGGAAGGCUGUGAUCCUUCAGGAUGUUUCAUUGAGCUGUGCAUUCAGUUGGCUGUUAUCAUGGUGGGAAAACAGUUCAUCAAUUCCAUUUCCAAGUUUGCAGUACCGUAAGUAUUACUCUUUCCUGCGCGCGCUUUUCUUAAAGGAGUUCAGACACAGCAUUUUGAGUUAUUUUGGCCGCGUACAAAAUUACCUUUAAAUGGAAGGAAACCUGAAAAUAGUAGUUUACUAAGAUAUAGAAAUGCGCCAAAGAGAUAAUAUUAAACCAUUAAGGA